AAACAUGUGAGAGUGGGGCAAUCGAAAACAAAACAAUUUUGGCGUUUUAAGAAGUUUGUCUAAAUCAGACAGUGUCACAAUCAGAAUAAUAAUUUAACUGUAUAUUUCACUCCAUCUUCAAAUGUUGGAAUACUAGCAACAAUAAUAUGGACGAUGACAACAUUUACGAAGACUCUGGCAAUGAAACUAGUGGAGAUGACGUUGACUUUGUCAUAGAUGCAGACAAUGCUUCCCACAGCAAAGAGUUGCAAUGUUUCGACGAAGAGUACCAAUACGAGGUACUCUCCACAGACGAAAUCGUUCAGCACAUGGUGGACUGUAUCAAGGAAGUGAAUGUAGUUGUUCAAAUCCCGUCGACAAUAACUCGUAUUCUCUUGAACUACUUUCAUUGGGACAAAGAGAAGCUGAUGGAGAAGUUCUUUGAUGGCAACCAAGAGGAGCUCUUCCGUGAAGCCCACGUUGUCAAUCCUUUCAAGAAAGUUGUUGUUGCUAAGCCUAAGAUUGUGAACAAACUUUUGGGUACUGAAGAGUGUGAUAUUUGCUUUAUGGUGUUUCCCCUGCUACAGAUGACUGGCUUAGAAUGUGGACACAGGUUCUGUUAUCAGUGCUGGAAUGAAUACCUGACAACAAAAGUCAUGGAGGAAGGAGUAGGCCAGACUAUUGCAUGUGCAGCUCAUAAGUGUUCAAUAUUGAUGGAUGAUCAGACAGCUAUGAGGCUGCUGAAAGAUCCUAGAGUGAAGCUCAAGUAUCAGCACCUCAUCACAAAUAGUUUUGUGGAAUGCAAUAGGUUGCUGAGGUGGUGCCCCAGUCCAGAUUGCAGCUAUGCUAUAAAGGUUACCUAUGUGGAGGCCAAACCUGUAGCAUGUAGAUGUGGGCACAUUUUUUGCUUUGCCUGUGGUGAGAAUUGGCAUGACCCUGUCAAGUGCCCCCUUCUGAGAAAGUGGCAGAAGAAAUGUGAUGAUGAUUCUGAAACAUCCAAUUGGAUAGCUGCCAACACUAAAGAGUGCCCCAAGUGUAAUGCCACCAUAGAAAAAGAUGGUGGCUGCAAUCACAUGGUCUGCAAAAAUCAAAAUUGCAAGGCAGACUUUUGCUGGGUAUGCUUGGGCCCUUGGGAGCCUCAUGGUAGCUCUUGGUACAACUGUAAUAGGUACGACGAGGAUGAAGCCAAAGCAGCCCGCGACGCCCAAGAAAAGUCUCGCGCUGCUCUACAGCGCUACCUCUUCUACUGCAACCGCUACAUGAACCACAUGCAAUCCCUCAAGUUCGAGCACAAACUCUACGCCUCUGUCAAGGACAAGAUGGAGGAGAUGCAGCAGCACAACAUGAGCUGGAUCGAGGUGCAAUUUCUGAGGAAAGCGGUGGACAUUCUGUGCCAGUGCAGGCAAACGCUCAUGUACACUUAUGUGUUCGCGUACUAUCUGAAGAAGAACAACCAGUCUGUGAUAUUCGAGGAUAAUCAGAAGGAUCUCGAGAGAGCUACGGAGCUGCUUAGUGAGUACUUGGAGCGAGAUAUAACACAGGAGAAUCUCAUCGAUAUCAAGCAGAAGGUGCAAGACAAAUACCGAUAUUGCGAUGGUAGGCGGAUGGCGCUACUAGACCACGUCCACGAGGGAUACGAAAAGGAGUGGUGGGUGUACAGCGAAUGAACGACGAUUUGGCAUUUCCAGCGCCGAUUCUAAUUUAUAAUUAUGAUUUUUUAAAUUGUCAGAGUUUUAUUUAUUAUUAAACGAUUAUUAUUC